CUCUAUCAGCCAGGCUGCCGGCCAGUCUCUCUCUCUAUCUCCGUCUCUUCUUCUCUGUUGCUUCUGGUUUCUAAUUUCUUCAACCUAUCGAUCCAUAUUCAAUAUACUUACACGCAACAAGAUGAUGAGAGAGUUCUUGCCCUGUAUAGCCAUGAUCAUGGUUCAAAUAGGCUAUGCUGGAAUGAACAUUCUGAGCAAGCUGGCCAUAGAUUCCGGCAUGAGCCCUCUUGUCAUGGUUACUUACCGACAGAUCGUCGCGACCAUUAUAAUCAGUCCAUUUGCCUAUUUCUGGGAGAGGAAAACAAGACCGAGGAUCACAUCAGCCACUCUCUUUCAGAUUUUUCUAUCCUCCUUGUUUGGGAUAGCCGGGAACCAGUGCCUUUAUUUUAUUGGGCUCAAAUAUUCCACGCCAACCAUUGGAUGUGCAUUGACUAAUUUAUUACCCGCUGUGACUUUCAUCAUGGCUGUUCCAUUCGGAAUGGAGAAAGUGGGACUGAGGAGGAAAGCAGGGCAAGCCAAAGUAUUGGGUACGGUAAUGUGUGUAGGAGGUGCAAUGCUAAUGUCAUUUUAUAAAGGAAUCCGUAUCCCCAUACCGGACUCGGCUAUCCACUGGAGAUAUGUGGAUAGUAUAACGGAAAGUGGGUCUAGCAAUGACAAGGUCACGCUUUUGGGCUCUUUAAUUUUGAUUGCAAGCGUCAUUUCCUGGGGAGCAUGGUUUAUAAUGCAGGCCAAAGUGAGCGAGACAUUCUCAGCUCCUUAUUCAAGCACAGCAUUAAUGUGUCUCAUGGGAAGCAUUGAAUGUGGCAUCAUUGCAGUCACAGCCGAUCACCAAGUUUCUGCAUGGUCUUUGCAUUCAAGCAUCAGACUCAUUACAUCUUUGUACAGUGGGCUUGUGGCAUCUGCUUUUGCAAUUUACCUAAUGUCAUGGUGUAUUGAAAAGAAGGGUCCUCUCUAUGUUUCUGCAUUCAGCCCACUUUUAUUGGUCAUCGUGGCUGUAAUUGGAUGGGCACUACUAGCAGACAAGUUGUAUAUGGGAAGUGUUGUAGGAUCUGUGCUGAUAGUCAUGGGGCUAUAUGCCGUCCUAUGGGGCAAGGAUAUGGAGAUGAAAGAGAAAAACAGUGUUGAUGAAAAGAACUUGAGCUUAGAAGGAGAAGAGGAUAAGGAGAAAGGUAAAUUGGAACUACCUGUGUAUUCAAAUGGCCGUGCUUGAGAUACAAGCUGAAUUGAUGUCAAGAGAGGUCAGCAAGCAUUCUAUUGAGUGACAUCUGUGGAUCAUGAAGGAAGGAGAGAAGCUGCAAAUUUUUACAGUUCUCUUUUUCAGAAAAGAAAAGAAAAAAAAGCCAUUGUAGUUUUUAUUGUACCCCUUGUGUUUCUCUUCCGGUGGUGGUAAAUGGCCAUGUAAUCGAUUUAGUAGCUUUACUUGUAAUUUGGGCCCGCCUUAAAUGUUAAAUUUCAGUAAUUUUAAUAUA